UUUAAAAAAUUGUUUCUCAUAUGUGCGGUAGUCUGAAUAAGUAGAUUUUUAUUUAAUUUAGUGUUUAAACAGUAGAUAUGGUACUGCUUUUUUUCUUUGUGUUUUAUUGAUCGAUUAUUUCCGUUUGGUGGGAGCAUUGCAGGAAGAAUCUCUUCCGAGAAUAGAAAUGAGUAACAAACAGAAAUGAGAAUGUUAUUAUGGACGAAAUAGGGGACCAUAACAAUGAACGACAAGUAAAUAACAAUAAAUAUGAAUAAUGAAAGGAAAGAGAAAGACAUAUGAUAAACACUGUGAGGUAUCAUUGCAACCCUGUCAAGAUGACGGAACUUGGCAAUUGCGAGGUAAUCAAUAUGACUCUGGUUAAACGCAAAGUGGGUGGACUAGGUUUUCUACUUGGUAAACACCGCAAUUCUUUUGUCGUGACCAACGUUACAACUGGUAGUUCUGCUCAGGAAGAUGGUCAACUUCAAUUGUACGAUGAAGUUAAAGGGAUUGAUAACAAACAUUUUAACGACAUCCAAUCCCUCAUUAACUACAUAUCUGAAAUAGAUUUUGGCAAGGGAGUGGAAUUGACAAUCAAGAGACACAAAUCAGGUGAAAAUGGCAAGAAACAGAUGAAUGGAAUUCGAAAAGAAGCACGUAAAACAGCACCAGCUCAACCAGAUAUCAAUAAAUUCAAUGGUAUUGCGACUCAUUGUCAGCAAGAGCUAGGUGUCAUUGAAAAGAAUGUGAAGAAUUGUAACAAAGAAAAGAGGGAGCAAAUGCAUGAUAUCAUGCACGACAUAUCACAAGAAGAACAUAUUGGGCUAAAGAAACCAAUGUGCCCCAUGAAAACAGUAUGUCCCAUGAAACCGGUUGUGCUCAAUAAUAUUGCUGAUAAGAAGCAAGCGACUGAUACUUUGCACCAACAAGCCGCUAAAACAUAUUGCACAGCUGAUCGAUGUACAGGUUCAGUUAUGUAUCCAUAUGGUGGAGAAUCUGAUUUAAAGCAAGCACCUGGUGAAAUGAGACCAAAAGAUGAAGUUAAAAAAGAUGGCAAAAGUUUCAUGAAGCAGUACUUCGCUUCGAUGGGCAGUGAAAACAGUGAAAAUCAUCUGAAUAGAAUGUCUGAAGUUCUAUCCGAAAUUGAUGCUAAAGGGAUAUACAAAAUGACCGAGGACGAGUUAAUGUUUGGUGCACGUCUAGCAUGGAGAAAUGCUGCUCGCUGCAUUGGCAGAAUACAGUGGAAAAAGUUGAAGUUAUUUGAUUUUCGCCAUGUAACGACAGCAAAAGAAAUGUUUGAAUGUCUUUUAACACACAUCAAGUAUGCAACGAACAAAGGAAAGUUAAGAUCUACAAUCUCCAUAUUCCCUCCACGUACUGCACGAAGAAAAGAUUUCCGCAUCUGGAAUGGUCAACUUAUUCGAUAUGCAGGAUAUAAACAAGAAGAUGGAACUGUGAUAGGAGACCCAGCCGGCGUGGAGCUCACAGAGAUGGCACAGCAACUUGGAUGGGUUGGCAAAGGAACAAGAUUUGAUGUGCUGCCUUUAAUUUUACAAGCCAAUGGUGAACUUCCAGAAUAUUUUGAAAUACCUGAAGAAGAUGUAAUGGAAGUAAACAUUACACAUCCAAAAUAUCGCGAGUUUGAAGAACUUGAUUUAAAGUGGUAUGUCUUACCAGCUGUUGCCAAUAUGUCAUUUGAUUGUGGUGGCUUGGAAUUUACAGCAGCUCCAUUUAAUGGAUGGUAUAUGGCAACAGAGAUUGGUGCAAGAAAUUUUGCAGAUAAUGAUCGCUAUGGCAUGCUAAAGGCAACUGCUGAAUGUAUUGGACUUGACACGUCAAAUAAUGUGACAUUAUGGAAGGACAUUGCAGUAUUAGAGCUGACACAAGCUGUCCUGCACAGUUUUAAUGAAGCUGGUGUAACUAUUGUGGAUCAUCAUACAGCAUCUGAGUCGUUUAUCAAACAUUUGAAAGAUGAGCAACAAUUAAGAGGAGGAUGCCCUGCGGAUUGGGUAUGGAUUGUGCCACCACUUUCAGGCUCUACAACUAAAGUAUUUCAUCAGGAAAUGCUUAAUUACAAGUUGAAGCCUUCUUAUGAAUAUCAAGUGGAUCCUUGGAAAUACUUUCCACUCACGAAAGAUUCUUCUGAACGCAAAAAGAAACUUACAUUUAAAGAUGUCGCUAGGGCAGUAAAAGUCUCUAACAUAUUAUACGGAGACAUUCUUGCUAAACGGAAGAAAGUGACAAUCUUGUACGCCACGGAAACUGGGAAAUCUGAAGAAUAUGCAACAAUGUUAAACGAAUUAUUUUUACAUGCGUUUGAUUCUAAAAAGUUGUGUAUGGAAGAUUACAAUUUUGCUGAAAUUGAAAAUGAGGAAUGUCUGUUUAUUGUGGCCAGUACAUUUGGAAAUGGUGAAGCGCCUGAUAAUGGCAAGGAGUUUAAAAAGAAGUUAAAGAAGAUGGUUUUUCCAAAUGGUCGUUCAAAACAAGAGACAGCGCUGAACACUGUUGAGAGGUUACGAAAUACCAGAUACUCUGUGUUUGCUCUUGGUUCACGAGCUUACCCAACCUUUUGCGCGUUUGGCAAGUUGUUGAAUAAAUACUUAAAAAGUUUGGGUGGAAAAGAAAUCUCCCCGUUAGUGGAAGGUGACGAGUUAGAUGGACAGGAAGAAUCGUUUAAAAUUUGGGCUAGAACCUGCUUUAAGACUGCUUGCGACAUGUUUUGCAUCACUGAUGUUAAAAUAUCACCCUCAUCAAUGGCGAUAUGGAAAUCCGCAACAGACUGGAAAAAAGGAAUGUUUAAGAUAGAAAAGGCAGAUGGCAAGAACAAUCAUGCUGGACUUACUAAAACAUUGUCAAAGUUACAUCGGCGCAAGAUCGAAACUGCCAAAGUAAUAGAUGUACAAAAUUUACAAGCUGAAGAAUCUGAACGAGUCACCAAUCUGAUUCGAUUAGACGCCUCAACGUCACACAAUCUGAAUUAUCAGCCAGGCGAUCAUCUUUGCGUCUAUCCUUCUAACGACAAACAUUUGGUUGAAAGGUUGUUAAAACAUGUCAACUGUCUUGCUGAAGCUGAUGUUAGGUUGUGUAUCAAGAAAAAGGAAGAUGAUUCAAGAUGGUGUACAAUCAGCUCAUUGCCAAUGCCGACGUCACUUCGGGAGAUAUUCACCAAUUUUUUGGAUAUUACAACCCCACCUGCAGCUAAACUUUUACUUUUACUUGCAGACGCGUGUGAAAAUGUCAAUGAAAAAGAAAUGUUGUGUACUCUGGCUAAGAACACUGAAGUGUAUGAAGAUUGGAGAUAUAUGAAGUAUCCAAAUAUUUUGGAAGUACUGAAAGAAUUUCCAUCAAUAAAAGUUGACUUGACCAUGUUGAUUAAUCAACUGCCAAUACUAAAACCACGCUUCUAUUCAAUUUCCUCAUCACCAAAGAAAUAUCCAAAUGAAAUACACUUGACAGUUGCAUUGGUGUCUUACAUGGUUGAUGAAAACACGCAACAUUUUGGCGUGUGUUCGUCGUGGUUGAACUCACUAAGGAAGGAUGAUAUUGUUCCAUGCUUAGUUAGAUCAGCUCCAAAAUUUCGACUGCCAAAAGAUGACUCAGCACCAGUAAUAAUGGUUGGUCCAGGUACAGGGAUUGCACCAUUUCGAUCAUUUUGGCAACAGCGUGACGUUGAAGAUAAAACAUCAAACAUGUAUUUAUUUUUCGGCUGCCGUAAUUCUAAACUCGAUCAUAUCUACGAGAAAGAAAAACUCGAAUUGGUACAGAAAGGAGUUUUUAGGAAAGUGUAUAAUGCAUUUUCCAGGGAAGAAAAUACACCUAAGACAUAUGUUCAAGAUCUUAUCAGAAAACAUGCUGAUGAAGUUAUCAACUUGAUCCUUCAACAUGAUGGCCAUCUUUUUGUUUGUGGCGACUUAACCAUGGCAACAGCUGUUGAAAGGACUAUAUUGCAGUUGGUGAAAGAGUAUUCUGCGUUUACUGAGAAAGAAGCAAAACGAUAUGUUGGAACAAUGAAGACUGAAGGUCGCUAUCACGAAGAUAUAUUCGGCGCAACGUUACAACGCAAAUAAAAGAGAAAGACGGCGAAGUGAUUGAAAGACUGGAGAAUGCUGCUGUUUUUUGCGUAAAUCUCGCAUAUUUUCAGCAACUUGGUAUAAGAUAUUCUCAGUUGAAUAUAAGAGAAAAAAAAUAUAUAUAUAAAAGUAAAAAAGUAUUUAAAAUAAUUUGCUUUAUUUGUAGAAUAAAAUGUUUUGUUUUCAAGCGCUGGCUAAAAAAAAGUUUAGAAGGAAUCAAUAGUCAUAAAUCAUUUUGCAGGUAACUAAACAAACAGGAUUUCCGCAUGUAACAUCAGUUUCUACAAAACAUCCAAAUCAACAAAUUUUACCUGAUUAGCCAGCUUUUUAGUAAAAUUGAAUUCAUUUUGCGCAUAAAAGUUUUUUAUUUUGUAAAUUUCGGUUGUCAUUUUAUGUUUUUUAACUAAACCUUUAUAAAAUACUACUUGUAUAUAUUUACUAGAUUAGGUGUAGAUUAGUGUGAAAAUGACGGCCAGAGUAAAUAAGAAUCAGAGAUACUGGCGUCAAAUUGUAACAAAUACCAUACGUGGGUUAUUUGAUUGUGUCCCUUAUAAGAAUUAGACAACAAUUUAGGGGUCAGAGAACUAGUCUUUUUUAAUAAUUGUGUGUAACAUAUUUGGGGUAACGUUGAAGGACUCCUAAUGAUAUCAACGGAGUUUUUACGAAAUAAAAUACAGAUGUAUAAGAAGUCAAAAGUUAUUAAACUAUAUUUGACAAGCCAAAAUAAAGUAAAGAAAACCCGGAAAGAUUAGGAUAACCUUGGGGGAAAAGAUAAACGGACUAAAUAUUUGUAAUACACAUUUCUUUGCAGUAACUGCCGAAUGAAGAAACACAAGUUAACUUCUGUGUUGAGACACUUUGAUAUUUUAUUGUAAAUAGAAUUUCAAGAGGAUGGUUAUGAUAUCCACUACAAUCUAUUCUCUUUUUCAUCUUUAUGCAGUUUUGUAAUUAUAUCUCCAAAUACUAACGGGAAUUAUUUUAUAGUUAAAAUAAUUUGAAAUGUUAAUUUGGUCGUGAAUACUUACUUAUACAUUUUAUCUUUUGAGGACGGUAGUGGUCAACCUAUUUUCAAGAUCUUGAGAGAGUUGCAGAUAGAUCGUAACAUUAAUUAAAUUUUAAAAAGUCUGACCAUGGGAACAUUUCACUUUAUAUUCUAUUAUGUUAUAUUUGUAAGAAAACUUCUUUAGAAUAUACAGAAUUCAUCUAUAU